GGGAGGAAGUCGCAGUGAGUGGGGAGGACGGGAGCUUUUGUCCGAGUACGGCCUCAUCCCCGUCAGCGCCUAGACUCGCGAAUGUCAGUGAACCAGACGGCUGAGGAUGUUUUUUGUUAUCGUUCAUUCGUCGCGUAUCCAGAGUGAAAUUGAUGCCGUCGUCUAGUAAAAUUGUCUCGGGCCGGGCGACGGGUGCGCGUUCUCUCUCGUCCUGGGCUUAGUUGCCGUCUCGAGGCUCGUCGGCGGGGAAACGGCCGUCUCGCAAGUGGAGCCAGUUAUGCGAAAUAGUUGUCAUUAUGUGCGAAAAUGGCGAAUCGAAGGCCCACAUUUUCAGUCUCGACAGAAACCAUCUCCUCAGGCGGCUUGUCGGAUCCUCUCAGGGAGCUUUUCGAAGCCUGUAAAGUCGGAGAUGUCAACAAGGUGAAGAAGCUCGUCAACCCGUCGACUGUCAACGCCAGGGACACAGCUGGGAGGAAGUCGACCCCUUUGCACUUCGCUGCAGGAUACGGAAGGAAAGAGAUAGUGCAAUUCCUUUUAGCUGCUGGAGCUUCCAUUCAGGCGAGGGAUGAUGGUGGCUUGCACCCGUUGCACAACGCUUGCUCGUUCGGCCAUGCGGAUGUUGUGAGGCUGCUCCUCGUCGCAGGCGCCAACCCGAACACGAGGGACAACUGGAACUACACGCCACUACACGAAGCCGCUAUCAAGGGCAAAGUCGACGUCUGCAUAGCUUUGCUUCAACACGGUGCAGACAUAACAAUAAGAAACACUGAAGGAAAAACACCUUUAGAAGUGGCGGACCAGGCAACAAGGGCAGUACUCACUGGCGAGUACAAAAAAGAAGAGUUGCUCGAAGCAGCCAGAACGGGCAACGAAGAACGGCUAUUGGCUCUGUUGACACCUUUAAAUGUGAACUGUCACGCCAGCGAUGGCAGGAGAUCAACACCACUUCACCUUGCAGCUGGUUACAACAGGAACAGAGUGGUCCAACUACUUCUUCAAAAUGGUGCUGAUGUCCAUGCAAAGGAUAAAGGUGGUCUAGUGCCAUUGCAUAAUGCGUGCUCAUAUGGUCAUUUUGACGUGACGGAGAUGUUGGUCAAGGCAGGUGCUAAUGUCAACGCAAUGGACCUUUGGCAAUUUACUCCAUUACAUGAAGCGGCUUCGAAAUCCAGGCUUGAAGUCUGCUCUCUGCUUUUGAGCCACGGUGCCGAUCCAACGCUGCUCAACUGCCAUUCGAAAUCUGCGAUUGAUGCUGCUGGAACCAGAGAUCUAAGAGACAGACUAGCUUAUGAAUACAAAGGUCAUUACCUCCUUGAUGCAUGCAGACAAGCUGAUCCUUCAAGACUGAAAAAAUUUCUUUCAUCUGAAAUAGUUAAUUUUAAGCAUCCUUACACUGGGGAUACACCAUUGCAUUAUGCAAGUUCAUCUCCUUUUGCUAAACGAAAACAAGUCAUCGAAACAUUGGUAAGGAAGGGUGCACAGCUUAAUGAAAAGAAUAAAGAAAUGCUAACACCUUUGCAUGUCGCCACUGAUCUCGGAAACCAUGACAUUAUGGACACGCUACUGAGGCUGGGAGCCAAGGUGAACACUCUUGAUGCACUUGGCCAGACAGCACUGCACAGAGCGGCUAGAGAAAACAAUGUACAAAGCUGCCGCAUUCUCCUCUCGUACUCGGUCGACACGACGAUCGUCUCCCUUCAAGGCUACACUGCUUUACAGGUUGCCGGUGAAAAUGUACAGAAGAUAUUGCAAGGUAAACAGAAGCCACCGGCAAUAUUGGAUUUAGAAAAUAAACUGCUUGAGGCUUCAAAGUCAGGAGAUUUAGAUCAGGUGCAGCGACUCUUGACCUCCUAUCCGCAGAUAGUGAACUGCAGGGAUUUAGACGGAAGGCACUCGACACCGUUGCAUUUUGCUGCUGGCUAUAACCGAGUGGCUGUAGUGGAAUAUUUGCUUUCACACGGUGCAGAUGUUCACUCUAAAGAUAAAGGGGGUCUUGUUCCGUUGCAUAAUGCCUGCUCUUAUGGCCAUUAUGAAGUGACUGAAAUGUUGGUCAAGCAUGGCGCUAAUGUCAAUGUGGCAGAUUUGUGGAAAUUCACGCCUUUACACGAAGCCGCUGCAAAAGGAAAAUAUGACAUAGUUAGACUGUUGCUACAGCAUGGGGCAGACCCGACAAAAAAGAACCGCGAUGGAGCCAUGGCGGUUGAGCUUGUUAAAGAAGGUGACCAGGAGGUUGCUGAUCUUUUGAGAGGGAAUUCAGCCCUGCUCGAUGCCGCAAAGAGGGGCAACUUGGCACGAGUGCAACGGCUGGUUACACCUGAAAAUAUUAACUGCCGUGACACCCAGGGCAGAAAUUCGACCCCUCUACACCUAGCAGCCGGUUACAACAAUGUAGAAGUUGCUGAAUUCCUUCUCGAGAACGGAGCUGACGUCAAUGCGCAAGACAAAGGAGGACUCAUCCCGUUGCACAACGCGUCAUCGUACGGCCAUCUGGACAUUGCUGCACUUCUCAUCAAAUACAACACAGUCGUGAACGCCACCGACAAAUGGGGUUUCACGCCUCUUCACGAAGCGGCCCAGAAAGGAAGGACUCAACUUUCCGCCCUACUUCUGGCUCAUGGUGCGGACCCGAUGAUGAAAAAUCAGGAAGGACAGUGUCCGUUGGAAGUGGCGACUGGUGAAGAUGUAAGAUGUUUGCUUCAAGACGCAAUGGCGGCUGUUCCUGGUGCGACAACUCCUUCGUCACUGCCGAGUCUCCAACUUCCAUCGCCAGUCGUUACUGAUUCCAUAAUCCUACCCAGUGGUGCCUGCCUCUCGUUGGCAUCUCCUGUGGCUAUUAUGCACAAGGGUGAUGGCGCAACAUCACCACAUCUUGUGCCCGAGUUUAAACACGACCCUCAUGUCACUUCCUUAGCAGGCUUCCUCAUGUCUCUCGGACUGGAGCAUCUUGUCGAGCCUUUGGAAAGAGAGCAAAUCACGCUUGAUAUUCUGGCAGAAAUGGGCCAUGAGGAUCUCAAACAGGUCGGCGUGACGGCAUAUGGGUAUCGACACAAGAUAAUCAAAGGGAUAGAGAAAAUACAGCUCAACUCAGAUUUAUCAGGACCCAAUUGGCAACAAGGUACACUACUUGUAGAUUUACUGAGAGAAGACAAAGAGUUUAUAGCUGUCGAAGACGAGAUGCAGAACACGAUUAGAGAGCACAAAGACAAUGGGCAUUCUGGUGGAGUUUUCUCUAGAUAUAACAUUAUUAGAGUGCAAAAAGUGCAGAAUCGAAAACUUUGGGAAAAGUACACCCACAGAAGAAACGAAGUUGCUGAAGAAAACAGUAAUUCAUCCAACGAAAGAAUGCUAUUCCAUGGAUCUCCUUUUAUCAACGCCAUAGUUCAAAAGGGCUUCGAUGAAAGACACGCAUAUAUCGGAGGAAUGUUUGGCGCAGGAAUUUAUUUCGCUGAGCAUUCUUCUAAAAGCAACCAGUAUGUUUACGGUAUUGGUGGAGGGACUGGCUGUACGACUCAUAAAGACCGAUCGUGUUACACCUGCCAUAGGCAUCUUCUCCUAUGUAGAGUAACCCUCGGGAAAUCCUUCCUUCAGUUCAACGCCAUGAAAAUGGCACAUGCUCCUCCCGGGCACCAUUCUGUAAUGGGCCGGCCUUCUUCAGGCGGGCUCAACUUUCCAGAAUAUGUCGUGUAUAGAGGAGAACAGGCUUAUCCAGAAUACCUCAUUACUUAUCAGAUAGUUAAACCAGAAGAGAAUUCCGAAGUGAGAUGAAAUUUUGGCCUAAUUCAAGUUUAAUCGUAUAAUUAGCCUCUAUUUAACUGAUUAAUUCAUAAGGUGUUUCAUCAUCGUUUUUCUCGUUAAAUAGAGAAGGAUGUGAUAAAAGGUUGUGAAUUCAUUAUUUUAUUGAAAUCAGUCAAUUUCUAAUAUUAGAAGUAAUUUGAAAGCUCUAUCUGUGACAUCUAUAUUUUACUCUAAUCUAUAAAAUGGAAUUUUAAAUGUUUAACAGAAAUUUAAAAGGUUAUAUUUCAAAAGGGAAAGAAGAUAAAACUAUUUAAUUAAUAUUUAAGAACUCGAUGUAAUUUUUAAUAAACAAAAAGGGGGGUGGGGUUUUAAAAAAUUCCAUUAAUAUUUGUUUUAAUUAAGAAUAAUUAAGAAAUAACAUUCCAUCUCUUUUAUUAUAGGUUUUAAGCAACUUCCAUUUUUGUGUUUUUAUUGU